UUUCAAUUCCUUUGCUUUUUUACUUGUUUCUUAUCUGUGAAAGAGAAAGAUAAAAGUUAGGGGUUGUUUGUUAUUUCAAGUAACUAUGCAGAGCUUUGAAAACCCAGAACAGUUCUAUGCCCAUUCUUCUUCUUCUUCUUCAAUCUUUCUUCGGGGAGAUGAUAGUGGAAGAUUUCAUACGCGUUUUCUUCCGGACAUUGAGGAACUUCAACAAUCCGCUGCUGCUAUUGCUACUUUUCAUCAAGAUGAUGCUGUUGAUUUAAGCCCAAGCUCUGUUUUCGGUUUAAAAUCGACCCACAAUACAGCUUUUCCAAUCCACCUACCGUACGGGAACACGGAUGUGGGUUCCAUAGGACGAAGGGGGUAUUUAGAUACAGGACAGGAAUUGAUGCGGUUGAAAAGGGUGGCUCCGCCGCAUUCGCUGGCGGUGACAGUCGCAGCUUCGUCAUCGUUGGGAAACGGGAGCUUUGAGAACUGGGGAGAGUCAGCCAUGGCAGAUAAUAGCCAACAGACUGACACUUCCACAGACAUCGACAAUGAUGAAAGACACCAGUUCCAAGGAGCUGUACAUGGAGCUCUCAUGGCGGUGGACUCCAUGGAUCAAUCUAAAGCAAAAUCGGCAGAUCAAAAGACUCUUCGUCGACUUGCUCAAAAUCGAGAAGCAGCGAGGAAGAGUCGACUGAGGAAAAAAGCAUAUGUCCAGCAGCUGGAAAAUAGUAGACAGAGGCUUGCGCAGCUAGAGCAGGAGCUUCAUCGAGCACGUCAACAGCAGGGCAUUUUUGUGACUUCUGGGGUAGGAGACCAUUGUGCAUCGAUGGCAGGAAAUGGUGCCUUGGCAUUUGAUCUUGACUAUGCACGUUGGCUUGAUGAGCAUCAACGGCUUAUCAAUGAUUUGAGAGCUUCGGCGAAUUCUCAUCUGGGGGACGACGAAUUGAGAUUUCUUGUUGAUGGGGUGAUGACUCAUUAUGAUGAACUCUUUAGGCUGAAAAGUGUAGGCGCUAAGGCCGAUGUAUUCCACAUUCUAUCGGGGAUGUGGAAGACUCCUGCUGAGAGGUGUUUCAUGUGGUUGGGAGGAUUUCGUUCGUCCGAGCUUCUAAAGAUAGUGGGGAGCCAUUUGGAGCCUUUAACAGAUCAGCAAUUGAUGGGUAUAUGCAAUUUGCAGCAAUCUUCUCAACAAGCUGAAGAUGCGUUGUCACAAGGCAUUGAAGCUUUGCAACAAUCUCUUGUAGAAACCCUUUCCUCUGCUUCUUUAGGGCCAGCCAGUUCAGGAAAUGUCGCUGAUUACAUGGGCCAAAUGGCGAUUGCAAUGAGCAAGCUAACUACGCUUGAGAACUUUCUACAUCAGGCUGAUCUUCUGAGGCAGCAAACACUCCAACAGAUGCAUCGGAUAUUAACUACUCGUCAAGCUGCACGAGCGUUACUUGUGAUCAGUGAUUACAUUUCACGUCUUCGAGCUCUCAGUUCUCUUUGGUUAGCACGACCGAAAGAGUGAUAUCUAGCUUAGGCAUAUUGACACUGAGACUAAGGAGCAUUGUCAGAGGCAAUCUACAGCGAGAACCCAAUUUCUGUUGCUGUUUGUUGUGUUUUAUCCGAGAAAGAGCUAGGAAGUUGAAACCUUUUUUCUUCCAAUUGGUUUCCACUUUGUUCCGUUCACAAACAAGUGUAUUUUUUGUUUUGUUUUAUGUUUCAUAUAAUUUUCUGGAUGCUUAGGUUGGUAUCUAUAUUAGUUCUUUUAUGUCUUUUGCUUUCUUAAAUCUAAGAAGAUCCCAGAGCUCAGACGCUAGGAGCUUGCUUGUAAAAAAUGACUCAUUUGACAUUCAAAUGAAUAUUGAACUAAUUUGGCUAAUAGAUCUUUCGAAAUUCAUGGUUAA